GCCUUUUUUUUUUUUACAGAAUCACAAGAAAUGGGAACUUUACCUAGGUACUCCACAUAAAAAACUCUACCUUUAUCUCAAGAAUUUAGUUCACUGAUUCAUUUUCAUUUCAUGUUUUCUGGCGUUACAGAGUGCGCGAAACAAAGAAAGAAGGAGAAGAAUACAGCUGUUGUUGGAUCAAAUUUCUGUAGAAAUUCCAUUAAUCUUCUUCUCCAAUGAACUGGGUUAAACUCACAUCAAAAAACUAUGAGAGAAAUAGCCCUUGCCUUAGGGCGCCCUCUCUUUGCGGCAUUUCGUCGAACACUUGGCGUGCCUCUAAAAACGAGCUACAAAGCAACAACAUUUACAUUCUGUACUCACAAAAUCAGUGAUCAAAUUGAAAUGGGUUUGGAAAACUCGAGCUUUAAUGGCGGAGAAGCACCAAAGGUGUUAUCUUUAAGGAUAGAGAAGCUACCAAGAGGAGAACCAAUUGGGUAUGUGUUUCAGAGAUGGAUGGGUGAAGGAUUUGCUGUUCAUAGGGGUGAUAUUUUUCAUGCUAUUAAUCGUUUAAGGAAGCUUAUGCUGAAUAAACGUGCUCUUGAGGUCAUGGAGUGGGUGAUUAGAGAGAAGCCAUAUAAGCCAAAGGAGUUGGAUUAUUCGUAUCUGCUGGAGUUCACCAUUAAACUUCAUGGUAUAUCAAAUGGUGAGAGACUGUUUACUAAUGUUCCUGUCGAGUUUCAAAAUGAUUUGCUCUACAAUAAUCUUGUAAUUGCGUGCUUGGAUAAAGGAGUAAUAAGGGUUUCGUUAGAGUAUAUGAAGAAAAUGAGAGAAUUAGGACAUCCAAUCUCUUACUUGGUCUUCAACCGCCUCAUCGUUCUUCAUUCUUCACCUAGCCGUAGAAAAAUGAUUCCCAAAAUUCUUGCGCAAAUGAGGGCUGAUAAGGUUUCCCCUCAUGUCUCAACUUUCAACAUUCUCUUGAAGAUAGAAGCUAAUGAUCAUAGCAUAGAAGGACUAAUGAAAGUUGUCGGGGAUAUGAACCGGGCAAAUGUUGAACCUAAUGAAGUUACGUAUUGCAUUCUAGCAACUGCACAUGCAGUUGCAAGGUUGUAUUGUGGGUGUGAGACAUAUGUGGAGGCUGUUGAAAAGGCUAAAACAGGCAGUAAUUGGUCAACUUAUGAUGUUCUUAUCAUUAUGUAUGGAUACUUGGGAAAGUCAAAGGAGGUAGAUCGGAUCUGGAGCAUUGUACAAGGUUUCCCUCAUGUUAGGUCAAAGAGUUUUAUGCUGGUAAUUGAGGCAUUUGGUAGAAUUGGACAGCUGAAUCGCGCUGAGGAACUAUGGGAAGAAAUGAAGUCCAAAAUUGGUUUGAAAUCUACCGAGCAGUAUAACUCCAUUAUAUCUGUUUAUUGUAAGAACGGACUUAUUGAUAAGGUCUCAGGUCUAUUUAGAGAGAUGAAGAUUAGUGGAUGUAAACCUAAUGGGAUAACAUAUAGACAUCUCACUUUAGGCUGCUUAAAAGCCGGAUUGACUAAGGAAGCAUUGAAGACAAUUGAAAUGGGGUCGAAGCAAAUUACAAGUAGCAAGGUGAAAAAAUCAACCCCGUGGUUGGAGACUACACUGUCAAUUCUUGAGAUUUUUGCAGAGAAUGGAGAUAUAGGGAAUGCUGAGAAUCUGUUUGAAGAGCUUAAGAAAGCAAACUAUACUAGGUAUACAUUUGUGUACAAUUCUUUAAUUAAAGCUUAUGUUCGGGCGAAGGUGUAUAAUCCCAAUCUUCUAAGGAGAAUGAUUCUUGGAGGGGCUAGGCCGGAUGCUGAGACCUAUAGCUUGGUUAAGCUUGUUGAACAAUUUAAGACUUGACAGGAAUCUGUGAUUCGUAAAAUUUUUUGUACUCAUAAAAUUAAUUGAUAAGUUGAUAAUAGAAGUAUACAGGUUGGUUCC